AUGGCCACUUCAAUGAAGCCUUGGGACGCGCGCUACGUGAACCCCGAUCACCCGCAUGACACCUCCUACUAUAUGAAGUGCAUCGGUGGCGGCAUCCUCGCCUGCGGCACCACCCACACGGCCGUCUGCCCUCUCGAUGUCGUAAAGUGCAACAUGCAGGUGAGCCCCGAGAGGUUCAAGUCUCUCGGCCAGGGCAUUAGCCUGAUCAUGAAGGAGGAAGGCAUCGGUGCCAGCGGCCUGAUGAAGGGCUGGCUGCCGACGCUAUGCGGUUACUCUGCCCAGGGCGCCUUCAAGUUCGGUCUCUAUGAGUACUUCAAGGACCUCUACGCCAACAUGGCUGGCCAGGAGAACGCGAAGAAGUACGAGGGCAUCAUCUGGCUUGCUGGCUCCGCAUCUGCGGAGUUCUUCGCUGAUAUGGGCCUGUGCCCGUUCGAGAUGACGAAGGUGAAGGUGCAGACGUCGCCGAAGGGCACCUUCCCAACGGGCAUGCUUGCUGCCAUGGCCGCCAUGCGCGCCAACCCCUCCUCCGGCUUCCCUUACAAGUCACUGGUGCCGCUGUGGGGUCGCCAGAUCCCGUACACGAUGGCGAAGUUCUUCUUCUUUGAGAAGGUGGUGCGCAUGUUUUACAAGUACGUCUUCACGAAGCCGAAGGAGCAAUACAACAAGGCCACGCAGCUCUCCAUCACCUUCGCCUCUGGGUACAUCGCUGGCGUUAUCUGCGCCAUCGUUUCGCACCCCGCGGACACCCUCGUCUCUGCUCGCGGUAAGGCGAGUAACGCUGGCAAGACGUACGGCCACAUCGCGAAGGAGAUGGGCUACAUGAAUGUGUGCAAGAAGGGUCUCGGCACUCGUAUUCUGAUGAUCGGCACGCUGACUGGUCUGCAGUGGUGGAUCUACGACACCUACAAGACCGCCCUCGGCAUGGGCACGAGUGGUGGCAACGCCAAGAAGUAA